UCCUUCUUCAAAUCGCCCUGCUUUUUGCAGGGCAGCUUAUGAUCCAACCCAGAAUCCAAUUCCCACCGUUCGAUCGAUCGAUCUCAACGAUGAAGGAGGAAGAGAUUCCCCCGUCAACCACCCCCACCGACGACGUUGACUCCGCAAACGACGCCGUUUGCUUCGAACUCGUCCCCCCGCCCACUCCCCCCAUCGUUGACAACGCAAACGACGCCGCCUCCUUCGAACCCGCCGCCCCGCCCUCCCCCAUCGGCGGCGGGUUUAAAAAGAAAAAGCGCAGCAAAUCCUUCAGCCUCCUCAAAGCGGCGCUCAACAUCUUCCAGGAGAAGCCGCCGUCGCCGGCGAACGAGAAGAGCAAGUCUCUGACCAAAAAGAAGAGCGGCGACUGGAAGGCGGUGGUGGGGUCAAUGCGGCCGUUGACCCUGCAGGACAAAUCCCCGACGCCGUCCAUGUCGCCGUCGUGUUCGUACGAGAAUCUGUCCAUUAUGAGCUCCCCGUCGCCGUCGCCGUCGCACAUGUCAUGCGCGAGCGGCACAAUGAGCAGGUACGCCUCCGUGGGCAAUCUGCAGGAGCUGGACGCCGGCUCCGAUCCCGACGAGGUGUUCGACGAUUUUGCCGGCGACGAGAUGAUAGACGUCAAGGCGGAGGAGUUCAUCCAACGAUUUUACCAACAAAUGAAGCUCCAACAACGUCAAUAUCAUCAUCACCGCCACCAUCAUCGUCAUAUGUAAACAAAAAAGCACCGAUUCAUCAUCGUACAUGUUAAUUAAUUAUAAUAAUUACUACACUUAGUACGUAAUUUAAUUAAUUAAUUAACCUAUAAAUUAUGAUAUGAGCUCAUUAGGCCAGUCUCCAAUUAACCUGCGGCAUAUAUUUCGUACUUCCUCCAUCCCGAUAAGUCUCCAAAUUAAUAAAGAAAAGUAAAACUGUUCGGGACGAAAGUAGUACUUCCUAUAUGAUGAUAUGAUCCAUCAUCCGUAUAGUAUAUGGUAUCGACCUACCUACGGAGUAUAUAAUUAGUUAACAUUUGGUAAGUUUUUUUGUGUGGAUAUAAGUUGCAUCAGUACGUGUAGCAUGUAAACAUUUGUAAUCAAAGACUGUUUUGAACAUUUCAUUCCUCUUCCUGUAACUAUUUUUUGUUCAUUAAUUGUAAGCAAAUUUUAAAAAUCAUGGAUGCAAAGUAUUUCAUUUCGGCUGUGUUUACAAAUAGAAA